AAACAACAUGAAUAUACAUUUUAAAUUAGGAAUAAAAUGAAUGUUGUGCUUUGCAAACAAAAAUCUUUGUGUUCACUCAGUAGUGAGUGUGUAUGGUUGCCAUGACGCUAAGCGCAGGCAUCUCAACCAGUUUCUGAGGAAAACUUCGAGCGGAGGCACUUUUUUGAGUUAUGGAAAUUGUAGACCAUGAGGGUUCUGGAGAGAACACUGAUGAGCUGCUCUCUGCAGAAGUGGAUGACGAGGUUGAUGUUUAUGAACUCAUUCCUCUGGGAUUGUCCCAUGACCACUGCGAUCGUCUACUGGAUGCCAUUGAUGCGCAACUGAAUCAUAUACAGACUCACAGUCAAUUCCAAAUGCGUGAAGGCACCUCCAAGAGAAAUGAAUUUUCUUCUUCGACCGGUUAUCUUGAUCGGGGUUUGUCUUUAAGUAAAGACACAGGCCUGGGAAGCACUGUUCCAACAAAUGAUAAAACACCAUCCACUCCUGACUGGACUCCUUCAGAAGGAAAAUGUGCCCAAGCUGAACAUCAGACAGUGGAGAUUCUGAAGGUCACAGAUGUGUGGCAUCCAUACGGAGAUGGUUUGUGCUCAGCGUCCAGGAACGAGCAGUGCCGAUGGAGGUUAGAGAGGCUUCUUGGGAAAAGUUCUGAAGUAGCAGAGAUAAGAAAUGAGGAGGAUGAACUCACAAUGGACAGCAUCUGUACUGAGGAUUUCUUAACACGCUUUAGAGAUGAGAUGAUAGAUCCUGGCAAAGGUGUGGCUCCACCCCCUGAUGUACCCACCACCAGCAGUGACCCUGCAGAUGAUAAUGAACUGUCAAAUAGUCACACCCAGCAUCUAUCCAAAACACCAAUCAGACAACUCACAGGAAUUCCCAUGCAGAGUUUUGAUUCUAUCACCAUAGACACUGAUCUGGACACAGUGUGCUCAGAAAAGGUUCAACGGUACCUGAAAUCUGCACUCAGCAAAAAGACAGGUACAGGAUUUCGUUUUAGCAGAGAAAGUGUAUUCUCUACUGGACCGGCCAUACAAAGCAAUACUCAAUCUUUCAGCUCUGAUGAUGAAGAGACAAGCGGUGAAGGUUCUGUGUCAAAGCGUUACUCCAGAGGCAGGAGACAUCCACCCAGCAGGAACGGAAAAAAGCGGAGUUCUCACCAGAGCAAAAGAAAUCUCUCCUACACUAGCUUAGAGAGACCUCGGGACCAGAUCAGAAUAAAUGAAGAUCAGCUCAAAGAGUUGAAGGUCUCGGUUGCUAAGCUUCAACAGCAAAAAAUAGCUGUGGUUCACACUUUGGGAAAGCUGAGAGAGGAAGUGGACCAAACUAAGACAGAGCAGCAAUCUCUACAGAACAUUAUGAGGGACAGCAGAGCACAGGCCCAAAAUAUCAGGUGUGAGCUACACCAACUGCAGGUCCAGAAGGACAUAUGUUUGGAAGAGGUCAGGGUUCUGCAGGAGCAACAGGAGAAUUUAGUUCAGAGGUCAAAGAUGGCACAGAACUAUGACAUCAGCUGUCACAAUUGUGUAGGCCGCAGUGUGUCCAUUCUGGAAAGGGAUGAGAUGGACAGAUUGCUGGAUAAUGCAAAAUCUGAACUGUUCUCAGAACAGAGGCGUUUCAGACACACAAUAGACUCUAUGCAAGAGAGGAUGGAUGAGGUGAUUCAGGAGAUGGAGCAGAAGGACGAGGACUUUAGAUCCCUUCAACAGAAAUGCAUUAGCUUGGAAAAACAGCUGGCUGAUACCAUCAGAGAAACAGACCGAAUUAAACAGUCUUCACAGCAAGAUCUAAAGCAGCAAGUGAGCCGGUUUGAAGUGCUGGAGCAAACUGUUGCCCAGAAGGAUCUGCUGCUGCGGGGGCUGGAGGAAGAAAAGAAGGCCCUUCAUCUGGAGCUCUCUUCACUUAGAGAAGAACACCGUUUAAAGUUAACAGAACUACAGAACAGGAUAAAGAAGGAAAAGGAACAAGAGAUCAAUCAACUGAAUCUACAGUUAACAAAAAGACACCAAGAGGAACUUCAAAUGAUGAAAGAUGAGGAAGUCAAAAGACUUAAAGGAGCUCUGGACCAGCAUGCGGGGGAAAUGAGAAGGCAAGCAGAGGAGCUGACAAGUGAAACACAGGAAAAGAUUGAAAAGGCUUUGAAGCAAGAGGAGAGAAAGUGGGUGGAGCAAAGAGAGAAGGCUCUCCGAGAGCAGCGUGGGAUUCUGGAGGAACAGAUAGAAGAGGCUGUGAAGAGAGGAAAAGUGGAGGUGGAGAAAGAGAGAAGGAAAACACUGGAAUUGCAGAGUAAAGUCUCUGAGCUUCAGAAAGUAAGUGAGCAGACUGAGAAAGAUGUGGUGCAUCUAAAGGAGAGCUUGCAGCGCUCUGAGCAAGAGCUUCGGCACCUGAGGGCAGCCCUCUCGGAGAGAGACCAAAAACACCAGAGAAGAACAGCCAGACUCGAGCGGCAGAUUGGGAACUGGGCACAGGACAUACACACUGAAUGUGUCUCCCUACAAGAGCUGCUUAAGAACAAUGGCCUGACUGUCGAGAGCAAACACCUGACAGACAGUCCUACAGUGCCUGAAGCUCUUCAGGCUCUACAAUAUCUCACAAAAGCCACACAACGUCUUAUAAAUGAUCUUAAGAAUGAGAUAAGCUCACAGAAACGCACUGCACAGCAUCUCAGUCUUGAUAAGGAGCGAGAGCUUCAUCGGCAGAAAGAACAGAUGACUGAGGAAAAGAAACAAGCACUGGCUUCACUAAAAGAAAACCUCAUACAGGAGCACAUGAAGGAAAUGAGCGGCCUUUGUACAACCAACAUGGCUGAUGCCAAUGAAACAGAUGGACUGUUAGCACGUAUGCAUAGGCAGCUGCAGGCGAAAGAUGAUGAACUCAAGAUGGUGCAGAAAAACAUGGCCGAGUGGAAAGACAAAACCCCUGCAAGACUCGCACACAAAUUUCAGCUGGAGCGCACAGCCGGGAUGGAUAGGAGGGUCGCAAAACCCCAAGCAGAGCAGCAGAAGAGAUUGGAGAGACUGGAGAAUGAGAUGAGACAUCUGACUGGGCAGUGCAGAGACCACAAAGAAUCCCAGUUAUCCUCCACUGCUCUUCAAAGUGGCCCAGACUUCCAACAGUCCCCAAAUACCAAGGAUCUGACCUCAUAUAAACUUCUGCAGCACCUUCAGAGUCGCAUUCGUCAACUGAAGGAGAGCCAGGCUCGCUGUCCCAGCCCAGUGAAGUGGGACAGGGAUGACAGAAAGCUGGGAGGCUCAUAUCUUGAUACAAUUGCUCCAGCCCAGGAAUGCUGUAAGACAGAAGGUUGCAUUCCAACAAGGACCUCCUGCAGUUGACAUUUACUUUAAACGCUCAUCUUAGAAUCAACAGAAUUCUUUUAUAGGGUAAACUUUAUACAAAAAGUAAUUUUUAAAUACUAGUUUACAGCUUCUCAUUUUAUCAUUGUUGUGUAAUGUCAAAGGGUAACGUAUUACAAGUAACGUGCAUAACGUAAUAAUAUUACUUUUCUGAAGUAACAAGUAACGCAUUCAUUUUAAAUGUACACAUUAAUAUUUAAGUUACUUUUUCAAAAAAGUAAUGCAAGUUACUUUUUUAGUUUAAUUAAUUUGAUUAAAAAAACAUUAUGUACUGAAUAAAACUAAACAUAGUCACAUUAUGCACUCUAUGCGUACAUGCCUGUGUGGGAACAGUUUAAGUCAGUAACUGAGAUGGCAGGCCAGAGCUCGAAAUUUUUGUGAUGAAAUAUGCCAUUUCUGAAUGCAGAACUUUUCAGUCAUAAAAACACCUGCAAGGCCUAAAAGAGAUCAAGCCUCAACCAAAAAAAAGUAACGCAAAAGUAACUAAAAAGUAAUGCAAGCGUUACUUUCCAUGAAAAGUAACUAAGUAACACAAUAAGUUACUUUUUUUGGGGAGUAACUUAAUAUUGUAAUGCAUUACUUUAAAAGUAACUUUAAAAGUAAAGGAUUUAUGUGAAUGGGGAAGAAUAGUCCCGCCUCCCAGUAAAAAGAGCCAAUGGUCAAUCAGAAUCCUCUGUGAGAGGCACUUUGCGCAUGCGCAGAAUCGACAGGUCUUGUUGAUCUUGUUCUAACAAGACCUGGGAGAGUUAUGUGACUUCCUUAAAAGGACUUUGGCAUUGUACACUUUGCAUGAUGUUUUGGAUAUUUUGUCUGAAGCCUUUUUGUAUGCACUUGAAUAAUCAAUGUAGUUGUCACCGUCAUAAUCAGGGCCAUUUUAAUUUGAUUUUUACAAAAUUUUAAGUUCUUAUGCAUAAAUAAAUUAUUAAGCCAAACUGAUUUUUAAAAAACAUUUUUUUGAGGUCAACUUUUUUAUAAUGUGGUACAAUAAAAUUUAUUUUCAUA